UUGACUGAAGCUGAUUUCCUCCUGGCGCCCGGUGACCGCUGUAAGUCGCUGUUGCUGUGAUUGUCCUCUAGAUGGCAGUAGUACACAGCACACUGAUAGCGGAGGCGCUGGAGGAAAAGCUCAGAACAAGCAACAUUAAACUCGUGUUGAAGAUGAGAAGAAACAAAGAGGCUACACUUCAGCUUUUAUCAACUCUAGAGAGAUUAUUUAGCGAACACGACACAACUCCUGCCUUUCUUCAUUAUAUCCUGGCUCUUGACUGUCAAUUCCUCUGUGAAAGCGAUCAGGAAUAGCGGACUUUUACCGUGUUCAUAUGUAAACAGUCUCGAUGGAGGAGACACACCGUCAUGAGAAAACGAGAGAGAAAAAUAAAUCCCUGAAGAGAAAAAAGAAGAACAAAUUCACCUGCACUCAGUGUGGAAAGAGUCUGGCAAGCAAACAGAGUCUCGGAUAUCACAUGAGGGUCCACACCGGAGAGAAACCGUUCACAUGCUCUCAAUGUGGGAAGAGUUUCAGAGAAUCAGCUAAGCUUAUUAAACACAUGAGGAUCCACACCGGAGAGAAACCGUUUACAUGCUCUCAGUGUGGGAUGAGUUUCACAGACUCCUCAAACUUGGGUAGACACAUGUUGACCCACACUAGAAAGAAAAAACACAGAUGUGAUCAGUGUGGGAAAACAUUUUUGAUUGAAUCAUACCUGAAGAGACACCUUCGAACUCAUACAAAGGAGAAGCCUUAUCCAUGCUCUGUGUGUGGAAAUAGUUUCACACGUCAAGAUAGUUUAAUAAAUCAUCAGAAGAUCCACACCCUUGUGGGAGAGUACAUGUGCUUUGAGUGUGAGAAGACCUUUCGUACGGCUGUACAUUUGAGAACACAUGCGAGGAUUCACACCGGAGAGAAACCGUACAAGUGUUCACACUGCGACAAGAGAUUCAGUCAGUCAUCACAUCUAAAAAAACAUGAAAUGAUUCACACUGGAGAGAAACCGUACACGUGUUCACACUGUGAUAAGAGAUUCAGGCGUUCAGGACAUCUGAAAACACAUGAGAAGAUUCAUACUAGAGAGAAACCGUACAAGUGUUCACACUGCGACAUGAGAUUCAGGCAGUUACCACAUCUGAAAAAGCAUGAGAGGAUUCACACUGGAGAGUAAGCUUGGGAAUGAGAAGUCACCACUUGGACCUCGUUUACAGCAAUACAUUUUAGUUUUAAAACUGAGUUUUAAGAUGAAAACAAUCUGCGUCCACACUGGCGUUUCACCAUGAGUUUCUGAACAGCUCUCUGUCCACACUAUACCGCUGAAAACGCACAUCAGGUGACCACACACACACACACACUCUGGCAAAAAAAACCUCAACGAUUCCCUCCGGGCAAAUUUACUGGCCUUUUGUUAUGUUGGGGAUGAAAACAUCUACUGAAUUGAACUGCUGUAAAAAUGAAUUAGAUUAUUGUAUCUUUUUAAAGUUUUGCAUUAAUCUGUUAAUCAACCUCAGUCCUGAUCAAACCUACUAAAUUGCUUAGAAAAUGACAAGAUUUUUACUCCUUAAUUGUCAAAUUCAUAAAUGAUGGCUCUGAUUUGGUGGGAAAAACACACAAAAUGAUGUAUUUUUCAGUAUAAAAGUCUUUGUGCACUGGAUUUUUUUUUUUACAUUAAAGUCUUGCACAUGUGAAACA